GUUGUGUCUCUUCCUUCAUGUGCCUACUCAAAAACAAAUUUGGAUCUCCUCGGUCUAUGGGAAACACACUAGAGUGGAUAGAAUUGACCUCUGGGAAUCUCUCAAAGCCCACAAAACCUCUGAUACCCCUUGGCUUGUGGGAGGGGACUUUAAUGCAAUCACCUCUUAUGAAGAACACAAAGGUAAAAGUACUCCUUACCACACUAGCAUGGAGGAUUUCAUUGAAGCACUAGAUUUUUGUGAACUUUCCUCUCCACCAGUAUCUGGAGGAACAUUCACCUGGUUUGGUAAUAGAUCAAAAGGCAGAGUUUUCAGAAGACUUGAUAGAGUUCUCAACAAUGAGAAACUCUUUGAUCUAUUCAGUGAAGUCUCUGUCAGGCAUAAAGGGCGAGGCCUCUCAGAUCAUAAAGCUCUUUUGGUUCUUCUUAAUAAUCCGUUGCCUUCCUGCCCUAGGCCUUUCAGGUUCCUAGAUGUUUGGACUUCUCACCCAGGCUUCAAUCAAUUGAUUUCAGAAAACUGGGAUAAAUCCUAUAAAGGAGGGGGAAUGAAGGAACUAGCUGAAAGGCUACUGUCUACUAAGAAGAUCUUGAAGAAGUGGAAUGUGGUCACUUUUGGUGACAUAUUCAAAGGUGUUAGAGAAGCAGAAGCUAGAGCAAUACUUGCUCAGGAAAAACUGGAAAUUAAUGACAGUGAAGAGGCUCUCCUGGAGGCCAAUUUGGCAAAUGCUCUCCUCACUCAAGCUUGCAAAAGAGAAGAGAUUUUUUGGUCUCAAAAGGCCAACAUCAAAUGGAUCAAGAAUGGUGAUGCUUCUACCAAAUACUUUCAUUCAGUGGUUAGGGCUAGGAGGCACUCCCUUAAAAUCAACAAUAUCAAAAACAUGCAAGGAGUAAACCUGUCUUCUGAGAUUGACAUCUCAAAUGCAGCAGUUGAUUAUUUCAGUGAUAUCUUCCAUUUCAAAACAGUUGAACACUUGGAGCAGGCACUAGAACACAUCCUUCCUACUUUAGACAAUAAUGAUAACCUGUCUCUGUCCAAAAUCCCCGAUGAGGAAGAGAUCAGAUCUUCCAUUUGGAAGUUGUCUGCUUCUAGUGCUGCUGGUCCAGAUGGCUUCAAUGGAACUUUUUUCAGGCAUUGCUGGAGCACCAUACACCUUCAUGUUACCAAAGCUGUCCAAGAGUAUUUCAUUGGUGUCCCUCUCCCUCAAACCUUUGGCAGUACCACCAUCACACUUCUCCCUAAGAAGGACAGCUGCACUAACUUUAAUGACUAUAGGCCUAUUUCUCUUUCAACCUUCUUUAGCAAGAUCAUCACCAGGAUCAUGAGUGACAGACUCAAACCCUUACUCCAUAAAAUCAUUUCUGAAGAACAAGCAGCCUAUCAAACAGGGAAGGGUAUUGAGGAACACAUUCUACUCACUAAGGAAAUGGUUCACAUGUUAGCUUCUGGUCACAGAGGGGGUAACAUCAUUAUAAAACUGGAUCUCUGCAAAGCCUUUGAUACAAUUAGUUGGACUUUUCUGGAAGCAAUCCUCUCUAAAUUUGGUUUCUCCCAGCAUACCAUUCUUUUGCUGAUGGGGGUCCUCAAAGGAACCUGGUUCUCCAUUCUUGUAAAUGGAUUUCCCAAGGGUUUUUUUCCAAUGAAACGUGGGGUGAAGCAAGGAGAUCCCCUCUCUCCUUUGCUCUUCAUUAUUGCUAUGGAGGGUCUCAGCAAAAGCAUUAAAUCUAAUAUGACUUUGGGCUUCCUCAAGCCCUUCCACACAGGUCUGGUUGUUGCUCCUUCUCAUCUCUUGUAUGCAGAUGACUUGAUUAUUUUCACUAAUGGAGAGACUAGAAAUCUUAUCAAGGUUAAACACAUCCUCUCAUCUUUUAUGAAAGCAUCUGGUCAGAGUAUUAAUCUCUCCAAAUCUCAAGUCAUUGUUCAUCAUAAAAUGCCUAUUGACAGAAGAUCUUGCAUCUCUAAGAUUCUUGGUAUUAAAACCUCCUCUGGCAGUUUUAAAUACUUAGGAUCUUGCAUAAGCAAAGGGAAGCUCAGAAAGAACCAAAUGGGCAGAUAUGUGCUUAUCAAACAUGUGCUCUCAGCUAUUCCUAUGCAUACACUUCUAGUUCAGGAUCUUCCCAAAUCUGUCAUCAAUAGUCUAAAUAAAAUUAUGGCAAACUUCCUAUGGGGGAGCAAGGAGGCAAAGAACAAACAUCACUGCCGGAAAUGGGCUGACCUUUGUUUCUCUCUUGAAGAAGGAGGUCUAGGAUUCAGGAGCAUUGAAGAUAUACAAGCUGCUGCUGCACUUCAACUUUGGUGGAAAGUACAACAAGGAGGAACUGUCUGGCGAAAUUACAUGAGAAACAAGUAUAUGAGGGAUGGAGAAUUCAAAGCCAUGAGAAUUGUUGAAAAUGGCUAUCUCUCCUUCCCCUUGUCCUUUCUGCCUUGGACACACUGCCACAAUUGAUCACUCUCUCAUCCACUGUCCUAAGCUGCAUGAUAUAUGGGAUGAUUAUGCAUUCAUCAGCAACGGGCCUGCUAGAAGACCUCCUCACAACCUUAGACAGCAUUUGCUCAACUGGUGGAUUAAUUCGAAUCUGAGUAGUCUUAAAGGAAAGCUCAGAUUGAUCAUGCCGGGCAUGCUUAUUUGGCAUUUCUGGAAGGCAUAUAACAGAUGCAUCCACGAAGGAAAACCUUUUUCUAAACAAAUUGUUCGUUGUCAAAUUAACAGGAGUCUACAAG